UUUACAUAGGUACAUCAACAAGGGUUGCUCUGCACAAUUGUACCACGUUACUUACCCCUUAAAUUUGUAGUUUCAUCAAAUCGAGCAUAAAUGAAACGAUAAGUGUUGUAAAAUUGAACAUAGGUGAAACAAGAAGUGUUUUAUCAUUAAUUCGAACAUGGCAGGCUUCCAAGAGCCUCCUUUGAAGAAAGCAAAGAGUGAGAGUUUUGCAUUGCAUUCUGCAGGUGCUAGCUCCCAAUCUCCUCUGAAGAAUAAUAAUGGUUUUGGUAAAAAUAAGUGGCAGAAUGGUUCAAGUCCAAAUCAGGCUGGUGUUAAAAGUCCUGUCAAAAGUCCAGAUCAGAUGAAGAAGAUCUUAAAGCAGAGACAUUCACUUCCAAUCUUUCCAGCCCGUUCAAAAUUGCUUGAGGAGCUGAAAAAGAGCGAAAGUGUCAUUGUCAUUGGUGAAACAGGAAGUGGCAAAACAACUCAGAUUCCCCAAUACAUUCAUGAAGAAAGAUGGGAUCGGAAGGGUGCAAUUUGUAUCACCCAACCCAGACGUGUUGCAGCUAUCAGUAUAGCCAAGAGAGUAGCAGAAGAAAUGGAUACCCAGUUGGGUGGUUUAGUUGGCUACUCUGUCCGAUUUGAGGAGGCAGUAUCACCAUCAACAAAACUGAAGUAUGUGACAGAUGGAAUGUUACUGAGGGAAGCAAUAUCUGACCCUCUGAUGUCCAAAUAUAGCUGGGUUAUUCUAGAUGAGGCUCAUGAACGUACUGUAAGUACUGAUGUGUUGUUUGGUAUUGUGAAAGAUGCCCAGAGAUCUCGAAAGGUCCAAGGGAAGGAACCUCUGAAAAUUAUCAUCAUGUCUGCAACAAUGGAUGUUGAUCAUUUUAGCACAUAUUUUAACAAAGCUCCAGUUUUAUACUUAGAGGGGCGGCAGUAUCCAAUUGAAAUGUAUUAUGCCAGGCAAAAACAAGACGAUUAUGUAAUGACCUGCAUGAGUACCAUCUUUCAAAUCCACAAGGAAGCGCCAGCACAGCAUGACAUUUUAGUCUUUUUAACAGGUCAGGAAGAAAUUGAUUCAGUUGUCUAUAGCUUGAAACAAAUUGCAAAAGACCCCAGCCUUUUGGAAUAUCCUAAAUUAAGAGUUUAUCCACUGUACGCAGCUCUUCCAUCACAUCAACAGUUAGACGUUUUUCGAGAGACCGCUCAAGGAGAAAGGAAGGUUAUUAUUAGUACAAAUAUUGCUGAAACAUCUAUAACAAUACCAGGCAUUAAAUAUGUUGUGGAUUCAGGUAGAGCAAAAAUUCGUUCCUAUAAUGCAAGUAGUGGCUUUGAUGCUCUCAAAAUUAAAAAAAUAUCUCAAGCACAAGCAUGGCAGAGAACUGGUCGAGCAGGGCGGGAAGCUGAGGGAUUCUGUUAUCGAGGCUAUACACAAGAAGAGUUCAAAGCUAUGCCCAUCAAUCCUGUUCCUGAAAUACUGAGAACAAAUUUGGCUAGUGUUAUACUGCAGUUGCUGGCAAUUGGUGUGAAAAAUGUUAUGAAUUUUGACUUUAUAGACAAACCUAGUAUAGAUAGUGUAAAACAAGCCAUUGAACAAUUAGCAUUGAUUGGUGGUGUCAUUACUUCUCCUGCCUUGGAACUUACACCAAUAGGGAGACGAAUGGCACAAUUUCCCCUUGAACCUCGAUAUGCAAAGACGAUUCUUAGUGGUCCAGAGUAUGGAUGUACAGAUGAGAUACUGACCAUUAUAGCUGUAUUGUCAAGUGAAACAAUAUUUGUCAAUCCAAGUGGGAAGAAGGAUCUUGCAGCGAAAGUUCGUCAGAAGUUUUCUUCUGUGGAAGGAGACCACAUCACGUUGCUGAAGAUAUUCCGAGCUUUUAAAAGUGCAAAGGAAAGCAAGAUGUGGUGCCAUGAAAAUUUUUUGAAUUUUCGAAAUCUGACUUAUGCUGUGGAGGUUCGCAAACAGCUAGUGCAAGUCUGUCAGAGAUGUAAUAUUCCAAUUAUUUCCUGUCAGCAAAACUUGGAACCAGUUCGCAGGUGUUUGGUAGCAGGUUUAUUUACCAGUGUUGCAGAGUUGCAGUUGGAUGGAAAGUACUUAACUCUCAGUACCAAACAAGAAUGUGCGAUUCAUCCAGCUUCUGUCUUGUUUGGAGGGAAACCAGCUUAUGUGCUCUUCACUGAACUGGUUCAUACUGGAAAAGCGUACAUGCACAUCAACUCAACAGUGGAUGCCGACUGGCUUUAUGAGGUUGCACCUGACUAUUUCAGAAAGAGGCACAUGAAAAAAUAACGCCUUGUUAAUUAUUUAGCACUGUUGCUGUUAUUAUCUUUGAUAGAUUUAUAUUUUUAUAAAUGGCUAUAUUUUGUAGGUGUAAAUACAUUGUACUAUAUUUAUAUGAAAUUAACAUUCAUAUUUUCAUGAAUUGCAGGCAAUCCUGUUUGCACCAAAUGUUUUUAUGUUCACAUUGAGGUAUAUUAAAUUAUGCAUAGGUUCCAUUCAGCAGUGCAAUAACUUUUUCUAAUAUUUUUUAUCAGCAGUAUUUCAUUUGUAAAAUGAUAAAAUAGUAUGCUGUGUACACAGUACUUACAUACCUCAUCGUUUGUUUCAUAGUGAUCAUUCUUGGUAUAUCCACGUAUACCAAACUGUACCAAUAAUGUAUUUAUCAAGACUAAAAGCCAUUCCUGCAACAAAUAAAUUCAUGUAAUACUGCAGUAAAACUGCCGUAUUUCAAGAUAAUUUACUCAGGUAUGAUGAAUGCAAAGUACGUAGAGGUCCAGUUCAACGAGGCAAAAAUGUUUAAGGAUUUGAAACAACAAGUAUUGCUGUUUAGAUUUCUAUUUUGCCUAAGCCAUGAGUUAUAAAACUUUACAUAUAUAUAACAGGAAUGUAAAAAGGUGCUAAUAUAUGUAUAAACAUAUAUGCAGCUCAUUAAAAUGUAUUUUACUCCAAUCAUGGUAAGCAAACAUUCCCAGAAUUUUCAUAACAUUUAAAACCUUAUAUGUUCCUAAACUUAAAUGUAUAUACAUCACCAUUAACAUAACACCGAAAAACAGGUGGAAAUCAUGUUUAUAAACUAAAUAUUUUUGCAGUUGUCCCUAAUUAAAGUUCUUUUAAACUUAGAAAUUAUGAUUUGGCUAUUAUUCAAAACACAAC